CUAGGUAGCAGGGCCACGUUGACAGCGUUGUUGUUUUGGACAGUCAGACGGUCCACUCAGGGGCAUCUUCCUUAUAGUAGUAGAAUGAGUGUGGGCUUCAUAGGUGCGGGCCAGCUGGCCCACGCUCUGGUGAGAGGUUUCACAGCAGCAGGCGUGAUUGCCACCCACAAAAUAACAGCCAGUUCCCCAGACACAGAUCUCCCCACAGUACAGGGACUCCGGAAACUGGGUGUGAAUUUCACUACCAGCAACAAAGAAACAGUGAACAAGAGUGAUGUACUCUUCCUGGCUGUAAAGCCCCACAUUAUUCCUUUUGUGCUUGAUGAGAUUGGAUCAGACAUAGAAGAUCGUCAUCUUAUUGUGUCCUGUGCUGCAGGUGUCACCAUCAGCUCCAUAGAAAAGAAGCUGCAGCAGUAUCGCACAACCCCAAAGGUAAUGCGCUGCAUGACAAACACUCCAGUAGUGGUGCGUGAAGGGGCCACCGUGUACGCCACAGGCACCCAUGCAGAGGUGGAGGAUGGAAAGCUUCUGGAGCAGCUGAUGGCAAGUGUAGGAUACUGCACUGAGGUAGAAGAGGACCUGAUUGACGCUGUUACUGGCCUGAGUGGCAGUGGUCCUGCUUAUGCGUUCACAGCUGUAGAUGCACUUGCUGAUGGUGGAGUGAAAAUGGGUCUACCCAGGAGGCUGGCUGUACGCCUCGGAGCCCAGGCCCUGCUGGGGGCAGCUCGAAUGUUGUUAGACUCAGAGCAGCACCCCGGGCAGCUCAAGGACAAUGUCUGCUCACCAGGGGGCGCCACCAUUCAUGCCCUUCAUGUCAUGGAGAGUGGUGGCUUUCGCAGCCUCCUCAUCAACGCUGUAGAGGCCUCCUGUGUUCGUACGAGGGAACUUCAGUUUUUGGCAGACCAAGAGAAAAUUUCCCCAGCUGCUAUAAAGAAGACAACUCUGGACAAAGUGCUGCAGCAGCCAGGAGUGACAGUGGACGCCGUUGGAGGUAGAAGUCGUGGGAUCAGUGUCUUCAACAACAGCAAUCCAAAAACGAAAAAGAACUGAUCCUUUUUCAUCACGCUGGGAAACGAUGCAUUGCAAUGCAACCUGUCACAUCACUAAGGAUGCUGUAAAUCCUGUUGACAAACCACUACUGCCUGAUGAUUGUUGAAAGAUGAGACAACCUAGUGGAUUGCCAUCUAGAAAAAAAAUGUGAUGAAACCUAACAUCAGAAAAAACUGUAUAAGAAAUGUUUUAUUAAAUGCCUCUCCUCUGCCAGGCAGUUCUUCCUCCUUUCAAGCUGUGAUCUCAUUCCUAUCUUGUCACUCCUGAUGGUCAGUUAUUACACUUUGAGAUAGAAUGAUAAUUUCCAUAUCUGGUGAAUUUGGUUUCAGGGAUCUUAUUUUAGUUGGUUCUUUCUGAUGUUAGUAGGCAAAGCAAUCCAUUGGGCUGUAGUAAUGUUAUGGUUUUCUGGAUAUGGUAGCCUAUUUAUGCAGUCUGAAAUGAUGUUUUCAUUCAAAUAUUUUCCUACUUAAACUUUUCUUACACACAAUGCCAAAGGAUAUGCACUCACUGGUCUCUUCAUUAGGUACACCUGUGCAAUCUAAUCUAA